AUGGUUGCCAAAGUUGCUAGGGUCUUUGCCGUAGAUAGGGCUAUAGUUGUCAAAGUUGCUAGGGUCCUUGCCAUUUUUAGUACUGGUAUUACUAUGGCAACUGCCCUUUUUUGGUACUGGUAUUACUAUGGCAAUUUUCCAUCGGAGACUGGUCUCCCAGAUUUUGUUGAAAAGUGUCAGCAUGUUUUCCUUGGCUGUUGGACUCAUUCUAAUUAG